AUGUCCACAACGACAACGACGACAUCCCCCUCCCCGGCCUUCCCCCCCCAAGAGAUCCACCAAAUCCUCCACCAAGUAACCUCCCUCCUCCAAACCCGCAACGAAACCCUCUCAAUAGCUGAAACCGCCGCCGGAGGCCUCCUCUCCGCCUCCCUCCUCACAGUCCCCGGGGCGUCGAAAUUCUACAAAGGCGGCCUGACGCUGUACACGCUCCCCUCGCGCAUCGUCUACGCAGGCUGGACGGUCGACACGAUCCAGAAUUAUAGAGGUCCGACGCCGGGGAUUGUAGCCGGGCUGGCGCGGCACGUGCGCAGCGAUCUCGAGAGCACGUAUACGCUGGCGGAGAGCGGGACGGCGGGGCCGACGGGGGGUGCGACGCCGAAUCGUACGCCGGGGUAUGUGGCGCUGGCGGUGGAUUGUGAGCGGGGGUGUUUUGUGAGGGAGGUGAGGAGUGGGGUGGAGGGGCAGGGGCAGGGGCAGAGGGUGGGGAAUAUGGUGCAGUUUGCGGUGGAGGGGUUGAAGUUGUUGAGGGAUGUGUUGGAGGGGAAGGAGGAGGGGUUGGAGAAGUUGUGA